GUCCGCUCAGAUACGAGCCUCGCAGCAGACAGACUGUACGAGGAGCCCCGAGCCAAGUGCGGGCCGAGACCAAGUUCCAGCACCGCAUCCGACGUCUCUUGCGACGGGCUGCAAUCAUCUGAUUCCUGAACAUUGCCACACCGCAACCCAACUCUCUCGCUUUCCUCAUCCCGUUGUCGACGACAGCAGUCGCGACCCCGCAACCAUUGAGUAUCCGCUCAAUUGACCCCAUACACCCGCCCAGAAGCCCAAAGCCACCACCGCACCCGCCAACAUGCCCCCCGCAGGGAGCGGUAGCUCCAGGAAGAUCUCCUUCAAUGUCUCCGAGCAGUACGAUAUCCAAGAUGUCGUGGGAGAAGGCGCGUACGGUGUUGUCUGCUCCGCGCUUCACAAGCCGUCAGGCCAAAAGGUCGCCAUCAAGAAGAUCACCCCCUUUGAUCACUCCAUGUUCUGUCUGAGAACACUACGAGAGAUGAAGCUACUGCGCUACUUCAACCACGAGAACAUCAUCUCCAUUCUCGACAUCCAGAAGCCGAGGAACUACGAGACCUUUACUGAGGUUUAUCUGAUUCAGGAACUCAUGGAGACAGACAUGCAUCGCGUCAUCCGCACACAGGAGCUCUCCGACGACCAUUGCCAGUACUUCAUCUACCAAACUCUACGCGCACUGAAGGCCAUGCACUCGGCGAACGUGCUCCACCGAGAUCUCAAGCCCUCCAACUUGCUCCUAAAUGCCAACUGCGAUCUCAAAGUCUGCGAUUUCGGUCUGGCUCGAUCGGCCGCUUCGACCGAAGACAACUCUGGCUUCAUGACGGAAUACGUUGCCACGCGUUGGUACCGUGCACCGGAGAUCAUGCUUACAUUCAAGGAGUACACAAAGGCCAUCGACGUCUGGAGUGUAGGAUGUAUUCUAGCUGAGAUGCUCAGCGGGAAGCCUUUGUUCCCAGGAAAGGACUACCACCACCAGCUCACUUUGAUUCUCGAUGUGCUCGGCACGCCGACCAUGGAGGAUUACUACGGAAUCAAGUCCCGCCGAGCUCGCGAGUACAUCCGAUCUCUGCCCUUCAAGAAGAAGAUCCCAUGGAAGGCCAUGUUCCCCAAGACCAACGAUCUGGCGCUUGACCUGCUCGAGCGGUUACUUGCUUUCAACCCCGUGAAGCGAAUCACGGUCGAGGAGGCGCUCAAGCACCCAUACCUUGAGCCAUACCAUGACCCAGAUGACGAGCCAACUGCCGACCCAAUUCCAGAGGAGUUCUUCGACUUUGAUAAAAACAAGGACAACCUGACAAAGGAGCAGCUGAAGCUACUCAUCUACCAGGAGAUUAUGCGAUAAGCUGUCACGUUUUCUACCGAGCGCGAGAUAUACACAAGAUACCACGGUCGGGUCGUUUUCCGGAGCUUGUCCGCAGCUAGCUGGUCUGAGCGCAGUACCAUGUGAGAGGAGGCAUACCAUCUUCCUAUAAUUUGGAUUCUCAGCAGAAGAAUGAUGAUCUCGGCAUGGCCGCAAGUGAAGCGCGGAAAUGAGCUUCGAACGCCCUCUAUAAAGAAUUUCCUAGAAUUACAAUACGAGAUGACAAAGUACGGGAAUAUCGCACUUUCCUGCAGACUGAUCUCGGCACGUUUGAUUGAUCCUGAUCUAUCUCCUUAUGUCUGUCCAUGACCUCAGGUCCAUGAGUAUGCUACAUCUUCAAAGCCCAGUCCAUCCUAUAAACGCUAUCGUCUCGGCUUUCAACGAGUUCAGCUCUCUCUUGUUGGCGUCCUCUCACACUAUCACUGCCUUGGUUCCAAUCUACACCUUUGAAAAUCUUGCCUGUACUCUUCGACCGCACUUCUUCGUCUGUAGGCCUGGUCCAAUCAUACAUGACUGAUUCG